UAUUGACUAACAAUAGGAUAUGGGCUCCUCAGUACACAUCGGGAAAAACUUCUUAGCGAAGCGAAUUUAUGUCUACAAUUGGACUUUUCCUUCUAUGGCUUUUCAACUCCCAUAAAAGAUAAAAACAAGCCCAGUAUUUCUCUGCGUCUCUCUCUCUAUCUGUGGUUAUUCAACAAUGUUCAGUCUAUCGCUUAUGGGGUUUUUGUUCUUGACAAUGAGUGUUGGAGGUGGUCAUGAUAUUAGUGAGGACUUCGUGGGCGACCUUUUUGACGACCUCGAAACAAGUUUGGAUUUUUUUGAUGUUGGCCAUGGAAAUGGAAAUUUCACGACCGAGAGCCAGCUCUGUGUACCACAAGACAACGUAGAGGACCUUGAAUGGUUCCCCAAUUUUACUGAUGAUUAUAUAGCGUUGAAUGGAUUGUGUUUAACCCCAGAACGUAACAGCCUGUAUCCUGGAGAGUUUAAGGUCGAAAACACCAAAACCGAAAACUCGAUUUCGUUGGGAUAUUUUGACAAACAGGUAGAAGGCAAGAAAAAACAUGGAAUUGACUGUACCACGACCUUCACUGUUAAGAAGCAGAGGAGCAAGCGAAGGGGCAAGCAUUGUCGCAAACGAGCAUGGUCGACGUCUUCCUCGAAUUUAUACACUUUGGCUGCGUCGUAUGAUCGAGAACCAAAGAGAAAAUGCAGUCACUGCCUCACCGACAAGACGCCUCAGUGGAGAAUUGGGCCACUAGGGCCCAAGACUCUGUGUAACGCUUGUGGAGUCCGGUACAAGUCGGGGAGGUUGGUGCCGGAGUAUCGACCGGCAGCGAGCCCCUACUUUGAUAGCAUGAAGCAUUCGAAUUUUCACAAGAAGAUCCUGAAGAAGAAGAAGGGCAUGGUUGCAUAAAGUAUUUUGUGUAAUGCAGUUUGAAUAAUUUGUCUGGACUUUCUGCCUUACAUGGUUAUUAAAAAUUUGUCUUACUUCGUUACUGUGGAUCACAGUCCCAAA